CCCUCAUUCUCCUUCUUCUUCUUCUUCUUUCUUGCCAUUCAACGGCUGCGGCCUUCAAACAAUCUUCCACGCAAUCAAUCCCCGGCGCUGAGCUUUAAAGCACUCCUCCAUUCUUCUGCGCUGUGUCUCUCGACAUCCUCAGAGACCGUCUCCCCUCCUCGCCCAUCGGCCUCCAUCUCCGCCCUCACCACCUCAACUACCAAACCAGCUAUCUAUAUUCUCCCCCGUUUCUCUUCCGCCAUCACCAUGGCUCCCGGAGCCGGAAAGAGCGUCUUCCUGGGGAACAUCCCCUACAACCUUACGGAGGAGCAAGUCAAAGACAUUCUCAGCUCCGCCGGCACAGUGACCAAGUUUCGCCUGAUGAUGAACCCGGAGACCGGUAAACCUAAAGGUUACGGUUUCGCCGACUUCGCUGAUGCCGAUGCGGCCGCCUCCGCUGUCCGCAAUCUGAACGACUACGAGAUCAUGGGCCGCAAGAUCCGAGUUGACUGGCCUCACAACAACGAGAAAGACUCCAUACCUCCAGACUAUUCCCAAAUAAACGCCCCCGCCAACCAAGAUGGCGCGCAGCAACAACAGCAACAACAAUCGUCUGCGCCUCUCCCUCCCCUGCCCCCGGGCGUCGAAGUGCCUCCGCACUUGGACUGUCCCAACGCCAUCUCACAGACCCUCGCCUCCCUGCCCCCCAACCAGCUCCUCGAAGUCCUUUCCCAGAUGAAGUCGCUUGUCAUGGCAGACCCGGCUAGAGCUACGGAACUUUUGCGCCAAGCACCCCAGCUCGCCUAUGCGAUCUUCCAGGCGCUGCUGCUUAUGAACCUGGUCGAUUACAGCACUCUCGGUUCGGUGGUGGAACAAGCAUCCCAGCCUUCUGCACCGGCACCUCCUUCUGCGGCGGCGCAAGCGUUCCAGGCUUUCUCUGCGGUGCCGGGACAAGUCUCCACGCCGCCGAUGGUGAACAGCCCCUUCGGUGCCGCUGCAGCGGCACCGCAGCAACAACAGCCGCAAGCUAUGCCGGGACAAGAGGAGCUCCUGCAGCAGGUGCUCAGCAUGCCACAGUCAGCGAUCGAUGCGCUCCCCCCUAUGGAGCGCAGUCAGAUCAUGCUCCUCCGGCAGCAGUUGAUGCAGGGUGCGAUGCGAUGAUCACCCUGUCUAUCCCUCCCAAUCUGUUUAUUACCCUCUUUAGCGAGAACAAAAGGACUGGGCGCAAGAUGAUAGCAGCGCAGGUAGCAGGUACAGAUUUUGACUCUAUCUUUGAUGUGAGCAACGAUUUCGCGUUCAUUAAUCAAUACCGGAACCGGGGUGUGUUGGCGCAAUGGGGUUGUUGGUUGGUUUCGUUGUGGGUACAUCACACCUUACUUCUUUCCUUUGACCUGUUUUUCUUCCUCCCUUGGAAUUUCGAAAUGUACAGUUAGCACGGAUUGAUAGCAGCUGUCGCGGAUAUCCCCCAGCAAUUGAUUAUUUUCGGCUGCGAGAGCUGUUUCUGCCCUGUCUUAUCAUUUCACACCGUAUUUGUAUGAAGCAGAAAAUAUAGUCGGUAUGUGGCACUUACCAUGUAUCUAACACCCCCCUUCCCCCCUCCCACCAACUCCAAAUGAAUGAACAGAACCC